CCAGAGGAACACAAAGCGGACGUGCUAUUUGCACCUGAAGAGUCCAAGCUUGCACCCGAGGAACACAAAGCGGACGCGCUAUUUGCACCUGAAGAGUCUGAGUUCACAGGUGGAUGGCGACGGACGGCAGUUGAGGAGGAUUUAGCUACAGAGUCCAAUCUGUCAGCUGAAGAUACCAAAGCAGAUGAGAUGGAUGUACCUGAAGAGUCCAAGCUUGCACCCGAGGAACACAAAGCGGACGUGCUAUUUGCACCUGAAGAGUCAGAGCUUGCACCCGAGGAACACAAAGCGGACGUGCUAUUUGCACCUGAAGAGUCUGAGUUCACAGGUGGAUGGCGACAGACGGCAGUUGAGGAGGAUUUAGCUACAGAGUCCAAUCUGUCAGCUGAAGAUACCAAAGCAGAUGAUACAAGUGUACCUGCGGAGUCCAAGCACACAGGUAAAGAUACCAAAGCAGAUGAGAUGGAUGUACCUGCGGAGUCCAAGCUUGCAGGUGAAGGAACAAAGGCAGAUGUGACGUCUAAGCCCCCAGACACCCAGGAUACAGGACUAGAUUUGCUGGGUAGAGACUAUCAGUAUAUUCCAGCCCUGGGAAAAGACCAUCAAUAUCUGGCCAUUUUGCCAGGUGGUCAGAGGAUGCUGGAUGAACCCGAAGGCCAAGAUUCCUCAGAAGAUGUCCGGGCUUGGUAUCACACCAAGGUGGAAGUCCCUAUUUGGCUCCUGGCUAUCAUGACGGUGAUACUCAGUGGAUUUAUUUUCAUGUCGGUCGCCAUCUGCAUCUGCAAAGCAAAGAAUCAGUGGAAACAAAAAUCAAGAUUAAAUGAAGAAGACCAACUGACAAGCGUCGUUGUAAAAUAAAACAAUAGAUUUUACAAGGAAAGGAAGUUAUUUACCAAGCCAACAAAUGAGGAAAUGGAACUAUAUCUUCGAGGACGUGAUUCGGGAAUUGGAAAGAGAAGGGAGUAUUCCACCCUAUUAGAACACAACAAUUGGUGUUUUCAGCUAUAACCUGCGGCGCUGAUCAAGUGGGGAAAACCUGAUGGGGUGGUUGUACAACAGUCCGGGUCAGGACCAUGGGUGGGCAGGAGGAGAAGCUGCCCUGGGCACUGUGGUAUUAUGUGGG